AUGAGAUCCAUUCCGAAGAAUGGGCCCAAGCUCAAUAAGCAGGCCCUUUGGCGCGUCCCAUCCUCGAAUGGGUUCUAUGUUUGGGGUGGCACGAAGGCCUACUUCGACAGAGCCUCGCCAAACGAGCUGUGGCGAUUCGAAGUGGACGGUAACGGCGGUGGAACAUGGUCGCAGGUCAUCCCCGCGAGCGUCGUCGCUUUCAAAAGUCUCGUCCGCACUACAGAUGGUUCUUUUGCCCAGAGCAAGGACGUGGGAUAUUACUUUGGCGGUGCUGCCACCACCCGAAGUGAUGCCUCAAUAAAUGACAAGGCGUUCGCCAUUCCUGGACUAAUAUCAUACAACAUGACCUCCGGAGAGAUAAGAAACACGUCCUCGACAGGAUUUGGCCAAUACGGGACAUUAGUAAGGGGUUCCGCGCAAUUCGUGCCGUUCGGGUCCGGCGGAAUGCUGCUCUUCUUAGGCGGAUCUCAGUCGCGGGUCUUCCUGUCGGAUUGGGCGGAGAUGGAUUUCAACAAGAUUACUCUGUAUCAUCCCAGCACUGACAGGUGGUAUACUCAACAAACCACUGGCUCCAGACCGACAGGACGAGGAAACUUUUGUGUCGUAGGUGCUUCCAGUACCAAUUACACGUACGAUAUCUUUCUCUACGGCGGCAUCAGCUCAAAGACAGACAGCACCAAGACAGACGGUGUCUAUGGCGACGUCUACGUCCUUAGCUUGCCUGGUUUCGUCUUCUUCAAGGCAGCCGACUCGUCCGUCCCUCGGGCGGACCACGCCUGCGUCGUUGUGGCCGAAGGAGGCCGCCAAAUGCUUUCCAUUGGCGGGGUAGACGGGUCCCAAGGGUUUCCAAAGUUGCUGACAGACCCAGACCCCUGGGAACUCGGGCUGGGAAUCUUCGACAUGACGGAAAUGCGUUGGUCGGACCGGUAUGAUUCUCAAGCACAGCCGUACGAGUCGCCGGAUGUGGUGAAGCAGUGGUAUGCCCAAGGGGGACUAGACUCCGUCGUUUGGGCAAAUGAGGAGCUUAAGGCCUUGUUCCCUGAGCCCCCCGAUAACUCGACUUCGGGCCCCUCAACUACUGGACAACCGAAUGCUAGAGAUCAGCCAUCUAAGCCGACCAUUGGUACCAUCAUAGGUGCCACCAUUGGCGGUAUUGCAGGCCUCGUCCUCGUAACCUGCCUCGCAGUGUUCUUCCUGAAAAGGAAGAAACGGCACCAGGCAGCACCACAGCAGGAGGCCGGCGGAGCACCUCCAGGAUACGAGGAACCCCGAAGUAAGCAAUUUGUAUCCGAGGAACCGGUUGGGAUCAAUGCGCUUCACGAAGGACGUACCUACCACUUCAACCUCGUCGAGUUACCCGCAGAACAGGGUGCUGCGGAGCUCAGCUCCGCAAAUGGUAGGUAUGAAUUCGGGCAGACAGUGGCGAGGCCUCCCUUCUCAGGGUAG